GUUGCAUUGGGACGUGGUGUUGCUCAAACCCAGACCUCAUGGGGAACGAUGGAGGAGUCAUCGCCGUGGCGCGCAAGUUCAUGCGGCAUGGCCACCAAAAGCAGCGGGACGAAAAAGGAGAUCAGGAUGCGCUGCGUGAGAAGCGCACGACGAUGUGUGCAUUGACCGACGAGCCGCUGCAGGAGCCGAUUGUCGCGUGCAAGUUGGGCAAUCUGUUCAACAAGGAUCGGCUCAUCGAAAAAUUGCUGGAGCGGUCGCUGCCCGAGAAGUUUUCGUACAUUCGUUCCAUGAAGGAUGUGGUGACUUGCAAGUUUUACCCCGCUCCCGAGGCCAAGCUCGCGUCAGAGAAGAGCAACAUGAAGCGCGCAGCCACUCGAUAUCGCUUUCACUGUCCCAUCACACUGCAGUUGUUCAACGGUGCCCAUCGCUUCGUUGUUCUUAAGAAGUGCGGGUGUGUCUUGUCUGAAAAGGCACUGAAGGAAGUGAAGCCCAAGGACUGCCUCAUGUGCGGCUUCCCCAUCAAAUCGUCCAAGGAACUGUGGCCAUUGCUUCUGUCUGACGAAGAUGCGGCCGUCGUGUUGGAGUCCAUUCGCGCAACGGAGAAACCACUGAAGCGGAAACGAGAGGAUGCGCCAUUGGCCUUGGACGAUGCACCGCCUCCCGUAAUCCAGAAAGCCAAGAGCAAGUUGCAGGCCGUGAACGAGGCCGAGGCCGCCGUGAAUCACGAGAAGGAACGGAACCCUGUAUAUGCGUCGCUCUUCGCGACCGAGAAGGAGUCCAAGAAGUCUGCCAACGAGCUCCUCAUGACAGUCGCAGGGUUGCGCUACACGUUAUCUUAGCCAAUCCGCCUUGGCACUUCUGUCGACGCACAAUUGUUGUGAACAUCAAGUGCAUCGGUUUCUUAGGACGAUGUCGUCGAGAUCCGCUAAAUUUGCUCGUUUGCGCGUUGUGGCAGUUCCCCCUUCUGCGCUAGGUUGCCAUCUCCCAUACUUUCACAGUGCUGUCGACGGACCCUGUGAGCACCAUGGCUUCGGAGGGAUGUGCCGCGAUGGUCCGUACAGCGCGAUCGUGCGCGUGAAAGGAUUGCCGACAGUCCUUCGUGAGCAUGUCCCAGAUGACGACUCGGCCAUCCUCCGAGC